AUGAACACAGAUUUAAACUUGGUAAUGUUCCCUCAGCAGGUUUUCGGUAAUAAGUUUUCAGACAUUUGAUGCAGCGGAAAAUUUUCUACCUAAUAAUACGUCCACACCUAACUCAAAAACCGAUGACUCAACUACUGAGAUUUCGCAGCUAUUGAAAGCCUUUUCGAAGUUCAAGGUUUGUAUUGGGAUUUUUCAAAAAGUUUAUUCUGUUUCUCUAGAGCCGUGUGCAAGAAAGCGAAAACGUUUUACUAAAUUAUAUUUUUUUCAGUGAUUUCAUUUUUUCAAAAGUGAGCUCGAUUAUUUUUUCUACUGCCAUCUUUGAGAAAAGAAAAGUAUUUUUAAAAAAAGUAUCUCCGCUUCUGGUAUAUAAUAUAUAAACCUCACUGCCAAGAAAUAUUUGGAGGGAAUUUAAUUAUUGUUUUAUCAUUUCAGGCUGAAGAAAUGUCGGUCGAAGAACUGCAGUCACAAAUGCUGGACAUGAUAAAAAAGAAGAUGGGAACCGAAGAAUCUCUCAGACGGCUUCUUUCCCUGGUUCGUACUUUUCAAAUCAGAGGUCUUCUCGAUAAAUCAAACGAAAUUAGUAAAGCUUAUUUACCUUUCGAAAAUUUCCUCACUGUGAAUUAAUGAGGGGUGUUUUAUCGCUUCUAAGGUUUUCACUCUCAACGAAAUCAUUUCAAAACGUUGCAUUUUCUUUCUAAGUUGUUACAUGUAUUUCUAUAGGGAAGUAAUCGGAAGGGGUUGAGAUGCAAAAUGUUCAAGUACAUUUGAGCAUUUAGGAAUCGAACAGAUCUGAAGGAAUCGGAGCGAACGCCACCGAUGUGAUCAUUCUGAAGCAUGCAGCAAAGGAAGCGACAGACGCCCUCAAAUCGUUGAUGUGGUCCGGGGGUAAAAAUCAUAGUUUUGUUCGGAACGUCUCGGUUUAUUCUUCAGAGUACACAGUCAUUUCCAACCAAAAGAACAAAGUGAUUUCAAAGGGACGGGUCGCCGAUUGUCUUCAGAACAAUUUCAAUAGAAAUAUGAUCGAUAAGGACUUAGAAAUGCUCACCAAGUGAGAGACUGGAAAAGCCUAUGUUGAUAGCCCUACUUAAAGGGAGCGCGACCAACUGCGUCUCGACGUCAACCGCCACAUCGAGAACCACGCAAAAGCCUACGAAGCUUUCAUGACCACGCGAAACUCUCUCAAAGAAACACACGAGGUAUCUCUUUUGGUUUCUCGGGGACAAAUUUUGGAAUUCAUUUUUGCGUGAAAAUUUUCCUUGAAAUAUACUGUGUUCGGUCUUAGUUUCAAAGAGUUCCACGGAACGAAGAAAAAACCAAAAAACUUCUCUACAGGAAAUUUCACGGUUCUUUAGCUCGAUUCGAAUUAUUUUCCUUUAAAACGAGCGUGAAUAAUUUUUUUUUAUAUGUUUUAAUCUCAUUUGAAUUGAUAAAGAAUGACAAAGUUUAAUUUAUAAAAUUCGUUUUCUUUUCGAAUUCUUCCGUUGUUUUUGAGAUUCAGAAAAGCUUCCAAAAAAAUGAUUUGCUUUAAUUUUUUUUAAACUUUUUACGUUUUUAUUUUUUCGCUCUUGUUAUACCAACCUCUCAAAAAUGAUCUUAUUUUCAGGAAUAUGCAGAAGCUUCACGUAAGUUGAAAAUGGCUGCCGCUGAAAUCGAAGAGUGGGAGGCUAAGUACUACGCCGUCAAGCAGAACGCCAGCGAAGAGCUUGAAAGGUUUUUUUUUUGCUAUGUCUAAGUUCUCUUCUUAAAAGACAAAUACAAAAGGUGCAUUUUUAUGGCCAUUUUUUUUCUCUCGAAAGACAUCUCGCUGCAUUUCCUAGUUUCAGUGUGAUCUGAAUACUGUUUUUCCUUCAAUAAGUGCAGAUAGUCAGUUUGCAGAGCCUCGCGUGAAUAUGAUGAACUUGUGCGCGCCAAUGAAGAAAACACGUUGUCGCUAAGGAUAAAGGUGCGAAAGUACGACAUCGACCUCAAGUCGCGUAACGACGAGAUCGCCCUUUUGGUGAGUUUUUUUUUUGUUAAUUGAAAUUGAUCUUGAGUACAGUUUUUCUUUUAACAUCGAAGCUAUCACCGAAAGAACAAUCUUGCAGCGAAAUCGAACCUCAGAACUUGCGGCGAUUAUUGAGCAGUUGAUGGAGCAAGUCGAAGGAUCUGACACGGAAUCCAACCGAAUGGCGUCCUCUUUCAACGAGUAG